UUUGCAAAUUACUCUUAGCAUUCAGCAGAUUUCAGAAAUGGAGAUUGGGUUAGCAGUUGGUGGUGCAUUUGUCUCUUCAGCUUUGAAUGUUCUCUUUGAUAGGCUUGCUCCUCAGGGUGAUGUUCUCAACAUGUUUCAGAAGCAUAAGCAUCACGUUCGGCUCUUAAACAAGCUGAAAAUGACGUUGCGUGGUCUUCAGAUUGUGCUAAGUGAUUUAGAGAAUAAGCAAGCAUCAAAUCCAUCUGUGAGCGACUGGCUUAAUGAGCUUCGAGAUGCUGUCGACUCUGCUGAAAACUUAAUAGAACAAGUCAAUUAUGAAGCUUUGAGGCUUAAGGUGGAAGGCCAACAUCAAAAUCUAGCAGAGACAAGCAAUCAGCAAGUAAGUGACCUCAACCUGUGCUUGGGUGAUGAUUUCUUUCUUAACAUAAAGGAUAAGUUGGAAGAAACCAUUGAAAUAUUGGAGGUGUUGGAAAAGCAAAUUGGUUGCCUUGACUUACAGGAUCAUUUUAGUUCACCUAAACAAGAAAAUAGAACACCUUCAACUUCUUUGGUUGAUGAUUCUGAUAUCUUUGGAAGGAAGAAUGAUAUAGAGGAAUUGAUUGACCGUUUAUUGUCUGAAGAUGCAACUGGAAAAAAGCUGACUGUAGUUCUGAUUGUUGGAAUGGGCGGCCUGGGUAAGACAACACUUGCUAAAGCGGUUUACAAUGAUGAGAGAGUGCAGAAACAUUUUCUUUUGAAAGCUUGGUUUUGUGUUUCUGAGGCAUAUGAUGCUUUCAGAAUAACAAAAGGGUUACUUCAAGAAAUUGGAUCAACUGACUUGAAGGUUGAUGACAAUCUUAACCAGCUACAAGUCAAAUUGAAGGAAGGAUUAAAGGGAAAGAAGUUUCUUCUUGUUCUGGAUGAUGUGUGGAAUGACAACUACAACGAGUGGGAUGACUUGAGAAAUGUUUUUGUACAAGGAGAUAUAGGAAGUAAGAUCAUUGUGACGACACGUAAAGAGAGUGUUGCCUUGAUAAUGGGAAAUGAGCAAAUUAGCAUGGACAAUUUGUCUACCGAAGCCUCUUGGUCUUUAUUUAAAAGACAUGCAUUUGAAAACAUGGAUCCCAUGGGACAUCUGGAACUUGAAGAGGUCGGAAAACAAAUUGCAGCUAAGUGCAAAGGACUGCCCUUAGCUCUGAAGACUCUUGCUGGCAUGUUACGCUCCAAAUCAGAGGUUGAAGAGUGGAAACGUAUUUUGAGAAGUGAAAUAUGGGAGCUGCCAGACAAUGACAUAUUACCAGCGUUGAUGUUGAGCUACAAUGAUCUUCCUGCACAUUUAAAGCAAUGUUUUUCCUAUUGUGCAAUAUUUCCUAAAGAUUAUCCAAUUAGGAAAGAACAAGUUAUUCAUCUAUGGUUUGGCAAUGGUCUCGUACCAAAGGACGAUGGGAUAAUUCAAGAUUCAGGCAACCAAUACUUUCUCGAAUUGAGAUCAAGAUCAUUAUUUGAAAGGGUCCCAAAUCCUUCUGCAGGGAACAUAGAGGAAUCAUUCUUAAUGCAUGACCUUGUCAAUGAUUUAGCCCAAAUUGCAUCUUCAAAACUUUGUAUAAGGUUGGAAGAGAGCCAAGGAUCUCAUAUGUUGGAAAAAAGUCGGCACUUAUCUUAUUCAAUGGGAAAUGAUGACGACUUUGAGAAGUUGACACCCCUCUACAAAUUGGAGCAGCUGAGGACAUUGCUUCCGACAUGUAUUAGAAAUUAUUGUUAUCACCUUCUAAGCGAGAGGGUGUUGCAUAACAUACUGCCAAGACUAAGAUCCUUGAGGGUACUAUCAUUGUCUCAUUACAAUAUUAAGGAGUUGCCAAAUGACUUGUUUAUCAAAUUAAAGCUCCUGAGAUUUUUGGAUAUUUCUCGGACAGAGAUUAAAAGGUUGCCUGAUUCUGUUUGUGCAUUGUAUAACUUGGAGAGACUUCUCCUGUCAGAUUGUUAUAAACUUGAGGAACUACCGCUGCAGAUGGAGAAGUUGAUUAACUUGCGUCAUCUUGACAUAAGCAACACUUUGAUCUUGGAGAUGCCGCUACAUCUGAGCAAGUUGAAAAGCCUCCAAGUGUUAGUGGGAGCCAAAGUUCUUCUAGGAAGUUGGAGAAUGGAAGAUUUGGGUGAAGCACAGAACUUGUAUGGAUCUCUAUCAGUUGUAGAGUUGCAAAAUGUGGUCGAUAGAAAGGAAGCUGUGAAGGCAAAGAUGAUGGAGAAGAAUCAUGUUGAGAAGUUAUCUUUGAAGUGGAGUGAAAGUAGUAGUGCGGACAAUUCACAAACAGAAAGAGACAUACUUGAUGAGCUAUGCCCACAUAAAAACAUAAAAGAAGUCGAAAUCACUGGAUAUAGAGGGACAAACUUUCCCAAUUGGCUGGCUGAUCCUUUGUUUCUUAAGCUAGUACAAUUGUCGAUUGAUAACUGCAAGAACUGUUAUUCCUUGCCAGCACUAGGACAACUCCCUUUUUUGAAAUUCCUUUCGAUUAGAGGGACGCAUGGAAUAACGUAUGCAGGAACUCCUUCCAUCUCUAAAGCAUCUGCAUCUGCGGGAUUGUCCAGAAAUAGAGUCCUUUCCUGA